CCACGUGGUCAGAGGAGCCGCAGCCACGGAGAGCCGAGAGAUGAAAUAAAGAUGUUUUAUUUUAUUAUUAGUAUAUUAUUUUAGUGUGUGUGUGUGUUUGUGUGUGUGUGUUUUAAGUCUAUUUAUUCGGUACACAUGAAGAGUUGUGUAGAAUUUUAGCAGCGCAGAUUCAUACAGAAGAACCGAAUCAGAUUCAUUCAGAGAACCGAACACCAACCGAGAGAGAACAGAAUCGAUGGCGGGACGAGGUCGAGGCCGGAACUCGUUUACCUUUAACGUGGACUCUCUGGGUUUCGGGAGAGGCGAAGCUUUACCCAGCAGCACUCAGGCACCGUCGCCCCUCUACCCUCCGAUGCAGUUCAGGCCGGUUCCUCUGCAGACGGGGGAGGAGGUGGAGUACAUGCUCGCUCUGAAACAGGAGCUCAGGGCCUCCAGCAAGAACCUGCCCUUCCACAUCCAGCAACCCAUAGUGAAGAAAGACGUCGCUCGAUACUCCGAUAAAUACCAAGAUGGACAGAACAAGCAGAGUGAGUGGACUCCAGACUGGAGUCGACUACCGGUGGAGUUGUGCAUCAGGGUACAGAAGCAGCGCAAAGGAAAGACUAAACCUGUUAUAAAGAAUAAAAAUAAACCUGCAGCAGCUCCAACAGAACUCCUGCACAAACUGGAGACCCUGGAGAAGACGGAGCAGGAGAACCGGUCUGAUGACGAGGAGGACGAGGCGAAGAAGAAGAAGAAGGCGGAGGAGGAAGAGGAGGAAGCUGAAGAUGCAGAGGUGUACAAUGAGGAAGAAUUAGAAGAGGAGACGGAUUACAUCAUGUCCUACUUUGAUAACGGGGAGGAAUUUGGAGGAGACAGCGACGACAACAUGGACGAAGCCACCUACUGACACGCUCUCACACCACGUCCUCGUGAUUUCUGGAUCUUCACCUCGGCUGAAGUCACCGCGUGGUGCUGCUGGGUAAACACGAGGAUCGGAUCCAGGCCCCCAGAGCUGCUGCUCCUGUUUUACUGGGAUUUUAACUGGGACCAGUCACAGUGAUGCAGAAUCAUUAAGAAAUCAUCACAGUACUGAGUGAAGCUGUUACCAUAACGACAACAUCAUGAACUUGUGGGGUCCGAUGGUACGAUGCAUGAUUCUGUGAUCAGAGCUGAAGAGGUCACGUCCAAAUAAAUAAACAUUAAAAUAUUAAUGUAUUAAAUAAAAGAACAUGCACGUCCAGCUGACGGAUUCUUUUAAUCUUGUGAAAUUUAAGACAUUUUGCCCAGAGGAACGA